AUGGAUGAAAGCUUUUCUGAAGAGUCUUGUGGUGGUGGUGAUUACUUAGAGAAUGAAGAUCAGAAAAGGAGACACCUAUCUGGUUCCAGUUCAUCAAAAGAUAUUAGGAAGACAGUUGAAGAUACACUGUCUACUCCUUCAAAUUCUCUAGAUUUGAGUAGGAAAAAACUUCAGCAUCUUACUGAGGAAAUAUACAAAUUACCCAACCUUAAACAUUUGCAUCUGGAAGGAAAUGCUUUAGCCAUAAUUCCUAAGGAUUUAUUUCAGCAGCUGCCAAAUCUUGUUUGGCUGGAUCUCCGGUAUAACAAAAUUAAAACUCUUCCCCCUGGAAUUGGAUGUCACAAGCAAUUGAAAACUUUACUUUUAGAAAGAAAUCCUAUAAAAAGGCUGCCAGUGGAGCUUGGUAAUUUAACUUCAUUGACAGCACUGAAUCUAAGGCAUUGCCCUCUGGAGUUUCCACCUAAAGAUGUUGUACAGAGGGGACUGCGAUCCAUUCUGUGCUUUCUCCGGAAUGUCGGUAAUGGAAAACUUGUCAAUUUAGAGUCAGAUACUCAAGAAAUGCCACCUGUUGAAAAGUUAAAUUUAACUGAGUUGUUGAAAUCCAGUUUGGAUUUGUCAGAUGAGUGGUCUAAUGAAGAAGAAAUGCUACGAUUUCAGAAGCUGAGGGAGGAAAUGGUAGAAGAUGAAAAGGAAGAAUUUCUUGCUAACCAGGAUUUAAAUCCUAAAGCCACAAUGCAGGAGUUUGCUGAGUUCAGAAAAAACGGCAGAAAGAAAGAGAGGCUCUACCACAAAUCAGCGACUCUUUCCAGGAAGAAGUUCUCACAGAAGAAUACAUUUUCUGAGUUUCAAUCAUAUGAUAAGAUGAUUCAAGCAAAGCGAGCUGAAGAGUUCAGACUGGCUGUGCAAAAGGAACUAAAAGAGACCCAGGCUUUAAUUGAACAGCACAGAAAAGAUAAAGAAGUGCUUCGGGAAUGGAGACAACGUGCCAAGAUGAUGAAGGAGAAGAAAGAAGUAUUGUUCAGGUAUUCACCUACAAGAGCAGACAUGAUAUCAAAAAGUGCACCAUAUGCUACUGAUAACAUCAAUUAUCACAACACAAGAGAAGGAUGUGAAAACCUAAAGAAACGCACUCCUGAAAAAAGUGAACAUGUGAGAAGAAUGUUGAAAGUAAAUUCUAUAAGAGAUGCUGAAGCUGCAAGAGCCUCCAGGGAAAAGGAAUUGGAACAACGCAUCAAACAACAUACACAAAUGAUGAAAGAAAGAAGAAAAAAGUCAAAAGGGACACCCCAAGAGGAAAUGCAGAGAGCAAAAAAAGACUUUGAAACUGCUGAAAAGCUUCAGGCUGAGCUAGCACAAGUAAAACAAGAACUUCAGCAGGAGUAUCGGUUUACUGCCUUCACAGGCGAGCCUGUUCCUGAUUCACCGAGAAUGCAGCCUCAUAAUAUCUUUUCUACCAUGAAAUUUUAA